GUUUUUUAUUGUAUUAUUUGGUUGAUAAAAAAACUGAAUGACGUGCGGAAGGUGACAGUGCGGGAGAUGGAUUAAUAUAUUUUUAUUAUUUUUUAUUUAUUUUAUCAUAUGAUAUUAUUUUGUAAAAAAUUGAGUUUUCCAGCAAAGUGAAUUGCCAUAAAGAGUGAGCAACGGGAAAGUAGAUCCGGAAAGUUGAAAACUACUGUUCCAGGCGGCAAGUACUCUUCGCAAGAAAGUGUCCGCUGCUUCCGGAGGAAGUGCAGCAGGCAGGGCAGGAGCACGAGCAACAGCAAGAGCAAGAGCAAGAGCUGACAGAGAGGAAGAAGAGGAGGAGGAGGGAAGCAGGCAGCUUACGUACGUGCGGUGAGAUGGAGGGGCAGUCGGAGCUGCGGAGCCUGGCGGGGGUGUCGGCGGCGGCGAUGGCGGCGAUGUCGUACGCGCGCUUCGCCUCGGCGCGCGUGCCCGCGGGGCUCCCCCGGCUGGCGGCGCUCCUCCCCGUCGUCUGCCUCCUCCCCCUCCUCCCCUUCGCCUUCGCCUCCGUCCACCUCCGCGGCAUCUCCGCCUUCUUCCUCGCCUGGCUCUCCCUCUUCAAGCUCCUGCUCCUCUCCCUCGGCCUCGGCCCCCUCCACCCCUCCCUCCCCCUCUUCCCCUUCCUCCUCUCCUCCUCCCUCCCCGUCAAGCUCCGCCCCUCUCCCAACCCUAACCCUAACCCUAAAUCCUCCGAUCUCUCCGAUCUCUCCCUCCUCGUCCUCUCCUCCGCCGUUAAGGCCGUGAUCCUCGCCCUCAUCAUCCCGCUCUACCGAUUCAAGCCCCUGAUGCACCCCUACCUCGUCCUCUCCCUCUACUGCGUCCACAUGUACCUCGCCCUCGAGAUCGUCCUCGCCGGCGCCGCGGCGCUCGCGCGCGGGGCGCUGGGGAUGGAGCUCGAGCCCCAGUUCGACAAGCCCUACCUCGCCUCCUCGCUCCGCGACUUCUGGGGCCGGCGCUGGAACCUCAUGGUCUCCGCCGUGCUCCGCCCCGCCGUGUACGACCCCGUGCGCCGCCGCCGCGGCCGCGCCGCGGGGGUCCUCGCCACGUUCCUCGUCUCCGGGCUCAUGCACGAGGCCAUGUUCUCCUACCUCACGCUGCGGCCCCCCACGGGCGAGGCCGCCGCGUUCUUCCUGCUCCACGGGCUCUGCACCGCCGCCGAGGGCUGGUGGGCUCUGCGGCGGGGGGCGCCGUCGCCGCCGCGGUGGGUGGCGGCGCCGGCGACGCUAGGGUUUGUGGCGGGGACGGGGUUUUGGCUCUUCUUCCCCCCGAUCCUGAGGGGGGGUUCGGACGAGGUGGUGCUCGCCGAGUGCGCCGCGGCGAAGAGAGAGACUCUCUCCACGAGACGUCGUGGCUUGCCACCUUUUCUCUUUUUCUCCCUAUUUCAGCAGCCCCACGCCGCAUGUCAGCUAUCCCCCUCAGCGAAAAGCGGCUGCUUAACUAGGUUAGUAAAAACAAAUGUUACAACUCGGUGUAAUUUCUAUUAA